CAUACACAAUAGACACCACAAAGUAACUGUAAGAAUGGGGAAAAACGCAACACGUGCAAUUGCAGCGCGAGAGUUCUUCCGCGGAUAAGCAAGGACUUAUACAAAAUACAUCAAUAGUAGUUAUGCGUGGUUAAGAUUGAUCAAGAAGUGAGUUCUUGGAUAGUUUUGUCGUUGAGUGCAGUGUUAAUAAAGUUGAAAACAGCAACUAAAACAGCAAUAUGAAUGCAACUAAAGGCAACUUAUCCCAGCCUAAAAAAGGGCAUACGUACCGACAAUGGUUUGUGGCUAUUUUAGCCAAUACCACCCUCAUGACCUACGGCCUCCAGGCGGGCUGGGUGUCUCCCAUGACGAAGGUCCUGCAAUCGGAAGACUCUCCGACUGGUCACGCUCUGGAAGACUCCGAAAUCUCUUGGAUUGCCAGCAUAGUCUGUCUCGCCGCUGUAGCUGGAGUGCCCUUAUAUUCGUACAUGACUGAUAAGUUUGGCAGAAAGAUUAGUGUGAUUGCUAUUGCCGUGUUCCAAGCAAUAUGCUGGCUAAUAAAGUUCUCGUCUGCGAACACUGCUACCCUGAUCGCGGCGCGUGUCUGCAGCGGCCUCGCAGCCGGAGGCUGCUUCAUCGUCAUCCCCAUCUACGUCAAUGAGAUUAGCCAAGACGACAUCAGGGGCCUCACAGGCUCUCUACUCAUGAUGUGUCAAAAUAUUGGCAUUCUCACCAUGUAUGCACUUGGAGCGUACGUGGAGUAUUUCAAGGUGCUGUGGAUCGUGUCCUGGCUACCCAUUAUGACAAUCGUGCUGAUGUUAAAGGCUCCUGAAUCUCCUGCGUUCCUGAUAAAAGUUGGAAGGACUGAGGAAGCAACCCUUGUUUUAUCCUGGUUACGCGGGGUCAGCGAGGACGACAAAACUAUCCAGAACGAAGUUAUAGUCAUGAACAAUGAUAAACUUUACUUUCAAGAUCUCCCUAGUAUUUCGUUUUUAAGCAUGUUUAAAAACCAAGCAUGGCGUCGCGAGAUCCUCUUGAUGGGCGCAAUCAUGACCGUAUGUUCCACUAACGGCUGCUUCACCAUCUUGACGUACGCGAACGCCUUGCUGGCGUCUUCAGGGGUAACCUUCAGCCCUGAGAUGCAGACCCUGAGCUUCCCAGCGGUCAUGAUCGUAGCGGCUCUUCUGUCUAUGAGCUGCGUGGAGAGGCUUGGGAGAAAGCCUCUCCUAGCCCUAAGUCUGGCAUCCAUGAUGUGUUCCAUGGUCGGCAUGGGUGCCAUAAUUUUGGUGCAGCACCAGGGCAGUACGGUGCUCUGGUGGUUGCCUGUUGUAAUGAUGAUGUUAAGUGUAGCUUCGUACGCAGCAGGGGCUGGACCCGUGCCUUAUAUUAUGAUGUCCGAGAUGUUUAAUUUCCAGAUAAGAGCCCAAGUACUGGGUUUCAUCGUUGCUUACUCGUGGUUCGUGAAUUUCCUCCAGUUGCUAGCAUAUGCACCUAUAUCCAAUGCUGUGGGGAUGCACACCACAUUCUUCUUCUUCGGCGCAAUCAACUGCCUCGGCUUCUGUAUUGCCCUGGUACUUCUGCCGGAGACGAAGGGGAAAAGUGUUGAAGAAAUCGAAGCCAAAUUCAGAAAUAAAUGAAUAGAGUUUAUUUGGCAUGCUA